CGCUACAGUGGCAGCACGCUCGCAACACUCGCAACAGUUUCCGCCGCGUUACCACACCCGCGAGCUCGCGACGUCACCACAAGUGUCUUAGUCCGAGUCUGUAGUGUUGUGAUGUGUAGGAGGCGCGUCUGAUCUGUGUCGAGCGGACUCUGGUAGCGCUGAGGCGGUGAGGCGCGGUCUGUGCGGAGUGAGGCGCGAUGGAGAUGUCCCUGGGCAGCGGCGUGGACGUGUCGCAGCUGGUGCAGCACCCGGUGCUGGCCGCGCUGCCGCCCUUCUUCCUGCGCGCCUCAGAACGAUACCAGCGGACGCCGAAGUGCGCGCGGUGCCGCAACCACGGCGUGGUGUCCGCGCUCAAGGGGCACAAACGCUACUGUCGCUGGCGGGACUGCGUCUGCGCCAAGUGCACGCUCAUCGCGGAACGCCAGCGGGUCAUGGCCGCGCAGGUGGCGCUGCGGCGGCAGCAGGCGCAGGAGGAGAACGAGGCGCGCGAGCUGAACCUGCUUUAUGGUGGCCCUCCGCCACCGCCCGCCGCGCCCGCCGCACCCCCCGGUGCACACCCGCACCACUACACAGACCUGCCCGACGACUCGCCAGUUCAGAAGCGCGCGCGGCUGUCGGAGCACUUCAGCCCGCCACCCGCCGCGCGCAGCCCCCGCGAUCAGCACACGCCAGCGCCCGCAACCCCGCCACCCCCGCACUCGCCCUCGCCAUGCCCCUCUCCCGCACCCUCCGAGCGUGACCUCGACGUGGAGGACGAGCUCGAGGAGCAGCCGGAGAGCUCGCUCACCCCGGAGAACCUCUCCAUGAAGGGGCGCGACGACGACACGCGCGUCAAGCGCGAGCAAGACGACAAGUGGGACGCACCGGAGGUCGCGUACGGCUACCGACCGCGGCGGACCUCGCCGGGCGCGGUGGUUCCGGGGGGUGCGCCGAACGAGGAUGGCGGCGGCGGGCACAAGUCGCCAGUGGACGUACUGCUGAAGGUAUUCCCGCGCCGCAGCCGACACGAAGUGGAGGGCGUGCUGGCGCGCUGCCGCGGCGACGUGCUGGCAGCCAUGGAGGCGCUGUUGGGCGAGCCGGGGGCGGAGGCGCCUUGCGCCGGCUUCCCGCCCAAGUCCGCCUUCUCCCCGCUGCCCGGGCAGGGGUUCAAGUUCUCUCCGUCGCGGCGGUUUCUGACGCCGCCGUACAGCGGCACCGGUUACCUGCCAGCCGUGCUACGCCCGCCGGACUACCUGACACCCUUCCUGCCGCCCGCCGAGCUGUACGCGCGCGGUCCGCCGCCCUCGCCCUCGCCGGGCACCUCGCCCGCCUCCGCCUCCGACCACACCAACACCGACGGCUUCUCCGACUAG